CUUUGAAAACGUACUCCGUUUUUAAUUUUUUCACUUUCGAUCAAAGGCUUUCGUAACAAUUAGAAAAGUGAAAUGAUUUUAAGGCCAUUCUUCGUUGCGCUCAGUCGCAUUUUCGUGCUCCAGACGAUCACCGCCAAUGCACCGGCACUCACUGCGAAGCUCGCCAGCGAUCGUUUCGCCUUGACACUGAGCACAGCGCUUGGCCUGCAAUCACCGGCGCAGAAUGUGCUCCUUUCGCCAGUGCUCAUACAAGCCCUGCUCACACUACUUUCCUAUGGCACCAACGAACAAGAGGCUGCAGCACUACGCGCCGCCUUGCAUUUGCCACAAACGGAGCGCAAACAAACUGCCACACUCAAUAUGUCACUGCUAUUGAGUUCGAUGAAGACACAAGCUCAAAACAAAGCGCGUCUGCUGAGCGCCAUCUAUGUGCAGGAACAUGUGUUAUUCAAAUUUCAGGAUGAGUUCUUGGAAAUGUCCAGACAUUUUGAAACACCUACACAAAUGAGCGACUUCAAGCGGAAAAGCAUUGAUGAGCUGAACUAUUGGUUCUUGCAACAAUCCAACUAUAGUUGUGGUGAGGUUCUUGACCCGAAGUUGGCCGAUUUGCGUGAUCGCUUUGUUUUGGCCUCCGCGGCGGUAUUUCACGCACCAUGGGCGGUAGGCUUCAAUGUGAAAGAGACGGAGAAAUUGAAUUUUUUCACCGAUCGCACGAAGCAUAAAUUAGUGGAUAGCAUGUAUGUGACGCAUAAAUUCCGCUAUGCCGAAUCAGCGCAUUUGGAUGCCAAGCUAGUUGAGUUGCCAUACGCGAAUCAGACACUCAAAUUGUGGCUGCUGGUGCCCAACCAAGUGGAUGGGCUGAUAAAGCUCGAAGAGCAACUGUUACACGAAGAUCUCACCAAGCUUGAGGAGCAAUUGAGUGAGCAAAAAAUUGUGUUAACGUUGCCGAAAUUCCGUGCCGAAUAUGAUGUGGACCUCAAGGGCGCCUUGAGUGCUUUGGGCUUCGCACGCAUUUUCGAUGGUGAGACAAAAUUCACGCACAUGUUCUCCUCGUUUUUCAAUACGCGCUCACCAGCUGUGACAAAUGUGCCACAUAAAGCGGUCUGGCGUGUGGAUGAAGACGGCGGUGCUUCUGCCGAGGAUGAAUUUUCACUCAGUGGAUUUUUUAAACGCCCCAUGCAGCUAGUUGUGAAUCAUCCAUUUUACUUCUUAAUAAAAUCCGAAACAGCCGUUUUAAUGGCUGGACACAUUGUGAAUGUUUGAAUAAAGAAAUUUCAAAUUA